AUGGGCAACAAUCCUUCUAAAGGCCCCGUCGGCGAUGCGCCAUCGGGCCAUAUCCCCCAUGCCGCCGCUGAGCGAAAGGUUGUUCGUCGCACAUCACAAAACACAAUCCCAACCACCAAGGCUACCGCGGCCGACCCAUCAGCGUCUCGAGAGAAUGCCGCCGGUCACUCCGCAGCAUACCAAGGCUCCGUUCAACAUCGGCUCCAAUCCCGAAACCCGCCGCCCGGAACUCCAAAGCCUAUAACCAGACCCGAAAAGCCCGUUGAAAGGAGGAUUGAGCCACCGCAGAGCAGAGAUGUCGCCUCGCCAGACCACUCUAAUCCGGUACAGGUGCCAAUAUCGCGCCAUGCCGCGGGGCGAGACCCUGUUGCACCUUCAGCCCCGCCGCUCAACUCCUACUAUAGUGCCUCGACCCACCUGCAAAGACCCCCGCGUAUGCCAUUGCCUAUUGCCGAUGCUACCACUACACCUGGAUCACCGGUCAUCGGACCUGAGGAUUCUCAUAUUCAGUCGAUGCCUGCAGACAGACUGUUAGACGAACAUAUGGAGGCAUCCCAUUAUAGCAAUGCUACCUUGGAUGGUGAUGAGAUGGUGGACGAGCUGCGGCCAUUUGGUGUCGGCAAGGCGGUGCCCACGGUAAUUGAGUGGAACGGACCUGGUGAGAAGGUCUAUGUUACUGGUACCUUUGUCAACUGGGAGAAGAAAUUCAAGUUACACAGAAGCGAGACCAAUGCUAAAGUCAUGACCGCAACAUUGAACCUCCGGCCCGGCACGCAUCAUCUGAAGUUCCUUAUCGACGGUGAAAUGCGAGCUUCAGAUGAUCUUCCGACGGCUGUCGACUUCACUAACCACUUGGUGAACUAUAUCGAGAUUAGUGCGGAUGAUGCUAACGACAACUCAUCUAUUUCGUCCGGAGUCCGGCCAUCACAAACACCACAGGAUAAUGCCAAGGACCGACCAUCAGAAGAUGCGGAAGACGAUCCUCCGAAGAACGGGGAAGCUGAGGAGGUUCCUGCGGGAGACUUCGGCAGUGCAAUUCCCCAAUUUCUUGCUGAUCUGGACAAGGAAGAAGACAGCCCUGCAUAUCUGCAAGCUGCUAACGUCAUUGGUGACACCCCAACUCCGCCCAGUCUUCCAUUGUUCUUGGGUAAAUCGAUUCUCAACACCCUCACUCCUACAAAGGAUGAUAGCAGUGUUCUUAAUUACCCCAACCACACUGUUUUGAAUCAUCUGGCCACUAGUAGUAUCAAGAAUGGUGUUCUUGCCACUAGUGUCACAACUAGAUACAAGCGCAAGUAUGUGACAAGUAUUUUGUACAAACCUACCGGCGACAUUACUGGGGAGUGA